ACGAAGCGGACGAAGCGACGCGUCGCGAGGUCGGUGUACGAUGAAGAUCCCUGCACAAACGCGGCCCGCAUUCAGCCAUAUUGCUGGCAGUGAGCGCUGAGCAGUUGUCUGAGCAGGUAGAUCCCGCUUUGAGUGACCGAGUAUAGAAAGCGCGAUAUACAUACAUUUAUAUAUCUGUAUAGAUCAACGUCGCGUAGCACUCGAGCGGCGACUUGGCGCGAUUAUAAAAAUUUUCACCACUGCCGUGUGCUGCUGCCUACUUGACGUCGGAAAAAUCACCGAGUGGCUUCUGGAGAGACCACCUCCGCACGCGGUACGUGCAGCAUCCGACCGCGCUUCGCUUCCAUCGUGGGACCUAUUUGCACUAUUCGAGGGACUCCGUUGACGUUGUUGUUGCUCUGGGUCGACUGAGAAAAAUAAACGGAGCGGUUUUACUUUUUUUGAUUUUACUUUGCCGUACGACGAGAUAGAAUAUGGACAGCAAGGGACAAAUGAAGACGUACGUGCGUCGCAGCAGAAAGGGCGACAGCCCGAGCAACGUUAUUAUUCAUCUGAACGAGCUAUGCCGACUGUGCCUGGUCAAAGAUGAGGAGAUGGUGCCAAUUUUCGACGAAGAUCUGAUACCUAUGCCACUUAGAAUUAUGGCUUGCAUCAAUCUUGAGGUUUUUGAAGAAGAUGGCUUACCAAAUAUGAUUUGCCAUUCUUGCAAAUACCAAUUAGAAAAAGCUUAUCAGUUUAAAAAAAAAUGUGAAGCAGCUGAUAGUAAAUUACGGAAACAUGUCAAGAUGAUUCAACAAUUAACAGGAGAAGAAGACGAAGUACGAAGUCAGGAUGAAAAUGAACAGUCUAGCAAUGGCAAACAAAAAAGAGUUAAACAAUUACUUGCAGACUUGGUCUCCACAAGAUCUGAAAAUACCCAAAUGGAAAGUGAUCCCAUUGAAGUAACUGAAGAAGAAUUAGUCGGUGGGUACAUUCUUGGUGUAGGUGUUGACAAUGCUGAAUUGGAAGAUCAUCUAUCGGAAGAUCCUGAGAAUAUUACUCUGGGACCAGCUGAAGAGAGAACAGCCAAAGCACGAUGCACCAUCAGGGGAGCAAGAAUUAAACAAGAGCAAGACUCAGAUGAAGAAACUGUGGAUGAAGUUCAAAGAGGUAACUCUGCUAACAGUGAACAACAAAUGUAUGUUAUGGAAUAUCAAACUCAACCUCAGAGUCAGCAAGUUCAACAGCGUCCCCAAAUAGUUGAAUCUGGUGAAGAAAUCAAAGUUUUCCAGUGUGAUAAAUGUCCCAAAGCUUUUACGAGAAGAAUUAUGUUGAAAAGCCAUCAGUCAGUUCAUAGUACUCAGAGAGGGUUUACUUGCCAAGCAUGUGAAAAGUGGUUCCCGACUAGAUCUGCUUUGGUUAGACAUGAAAGAACUCAUACGGGUGAAAAACCUUUUGGAUGUAAUAUUUGUCAUAGAGCUUUUGCUCAAAAAGAAAUACUUCUCAGACAUCUCAUGACUCAUUCAGGUCAGAAGCCUUUCCAAUGCCAACAUUGUGAAAAAAGUUUCACACAACGUGAAGCUCUUAAAGUACACAUGCGCAGACAUCAAAAACUUAACCCAAAUGAUAUUCAAUUACAUCAUUGUCAAUUAUGUCCAAAAGCUUUUUGUCAUGCAUCUGGCCUAAGCAGACAUCUUGUCACACACACUGGAAGAACUUACAAAUGUGUAGAAUGUGAAAAGUCAUUCACUGAUAAAAGUUCACUUUUAAGGCACAGUCGCAUUCAUGCUCCCAAACCUAUAGUAAAUUAAAAAAUUAUCCUUGAAAGAAUUUUUCAGAUACUUGGUUGCAUUCAUAUUAAUUUUAUAUUUAUCAAAAAUUAAAAUGAUAAGAUUAUUUUAAUAAUUAUGGGUGAAAUUAAAAAAUAUUAAAAAACAAAUCAACUACGAUAAAUGAUGGCUCUAAACAGGUCGUUUUCAGAUUUCCAUUAAGUGGACACUUAAUGCUUUGCCAGGAGAAAAAUAAACAAGAUCUUUCAUCUCGUUUAUGACACAAGAUCUUUCAUUUUUGCAUGCAAACACAUUUGUUGUGCCUCCAAGCAAAGCAGUAUCAAGACCACUUUUUGAAAACGAAUAGUGAACGCAAUGAAGUUGUAAAUUUAACAUGGACUUUGAAUUUUGUGAUGAUGAUGGAUAGUGUAAUUUUAAUUUUUCACGAAUUAUAUUUUAUUUAACAUUUGCGUUGGUAAAGCCAUUAUUUUUUUGGAUAAUGUUUUUACGAAUUUACUUCCUGAUUAUGAAUAAAUUUUAUAUGAUGUACGAAUAUAUUCCCACAAAAUCAUGUUCUCAAUUGAUUAUGUAUUUAAAUCAAUAAUUUAAGACUUAUUAAAUUUUAUAGCUUUCACUGUCUGUAAAUUAAUUACUGUGAAUAAAAUAAAAAAAAAUAAAAAAAUUUGAUUCAGUAAA